AGAGAGAGAGAGAGAGAGAGAGAGAGAGAGAGAGAGAGAGAGAGAGAAUGUGUGUGCUAGGGAAAUGUUCCAUGGAAAAUCUGUAGAACUGAUGUAAGAAAACGCAGCGGCAGGGGUUGGAGCAAGUGAAGUAGAACUGAGACUAUAAAAACACGGAAAGAAACUCACCAUCAGAGCUAAGUUUGGGAUAAACUGCAGACAGGACUCUAAAGUUAGGAGUUCCGCAGACUUCUCACAAGAUGCUGGACCGGAGAUUGGCGAGAGCACACUUCAUCCUGGCAGUGAUUGUGAUGCUGUGGAGCUCAGGAAAGGCAUUCUCCGUGGACGUAGCAACAGAGGCCUCUGAGUUUGGAGCAGCAGGCUUGCAGUCACCACCCACAGGCAGGGAAGAGAAAUCAGCCACGGACCUUGCAGCUAAGCUCCUGCUUCUAGAUGAGCUGGUGUCCUUGGAGAACGAUGUAUUUGAGACCAAGAAGAAGAGGAGCUUCCCUGGCUUUGGGUCACCCCUGGACAGACUCUCAGCUGGGUCUGUAGAGCACAAAGGGAAACAGAGGAAAGUAGAUCAUUCAAAAAAGCGGUUUGGUAUCCCCAUGGAUCGGAUUGGUAGAAAUCGACUUUCUAGUUCCAGAGGCUGAUGGAUUCCCAUCAUGCGUCUGACUUGCACAGAACUUAGAGAAGAUGCUUCAGUGAAGUUCUUCAUUCCUCCCUGCUGGUUAAAUUGUUGAGGAACUAAUCUUCUGCAAACCUUCCCAAAGCUUGAGAACCUCAAUUCGUUGUGUCCUAGUGUUGCUAUGGUUUUAGUUAAGUUGUGCAGAGCAUUUCAGUGCAUGAAUAUCUUUGAGAAUAUUGUUUUGAUUAUUCAUAAAUUGUAACAUGGCCCCUAAACCUACCUUUUAAAACAUUUGUCAAGUACUAUGCAUCCUCUUGCCAUUAAUGCUUUUACAAUUCAGCUACCCAAUGUGCUUUCUAAAAACCUAGGGUUUAAAGAUUUGAAGACAUAAAGAAAGGAACACAUGUACAGAAUGCAUAAUGAUUUAUAAAGGGUUUUUUAAUUUUUCUGAAAUGUGUCAAAUUGCUGAAAAUCUUCACUCUAGUCUUAGAGAAAAGGCAGCAAAUGAAUGUUUGCUUCAAGUGUGGUAGAAGGCUGUAGCAAAGGGAAAUACAUUUUGAGAAAGUUGAGGAUAGUAUUCUUUAGAAACUAAUAUCUAAAAGUUAAUAUAAGGAAAGUCAAUAUAACUGGCCUAUGUGUAAUGUUCUGCAGAACUCUGAAUUUAAUAGAUUUAUUUGAAAAGAAA